AUGUCUCAUGUCAAAGAGAUCAAGGAGAAACAAGCACUUCAAGCUAAGUUCCAGCUAGCUAUUAACUCCACAACAAAUCAUGUAUCCAGCUGGUUGAAACCUUUGAAAACUACCAAUCAAGAUUCAUCAUCCUCAUCUACAGCAUCAAAUAAUGAAUUCUUUGAUUUACCUAUAAUAAGCGGUGGUUCUGGACUAGCACUAUCUUCCGAUCUCCAUAUCAAAGAAGACAUAAACACAAUAGGUGAUUAUGUCAAAAGCGGGAAGUCAUUAUCUUCAUUGAAUAAGAAGAAAACCCAACAGAGAUCAAUUCACCAAAUUCAUAAAGUUCAUAAAGAUGAUUCAAAAGCUUUAGGUGCAUUAAGAAACAAAAUGAAGAAUUCAAGUAGAUUAAAACAAAGAGAUCAGUUGAUGCAACCUAAACUACAAGCUAAACCACAACAGCAACAGCAUAAUCAUCAAUCAAAUUCUAAUGACAGUGACAGUGAUGAAGAAAUUGUUCAGAAAUCUGCACCUAAAAAGAAUUUUUCACUAAUGAUUGAUUCAAAAAUUAAAAAGAAAAAGAAAUGA